UUCCUCGACAAUUGUGAAACGAUAAAGUUGAAAAGAGAAAAUAAUCAGGAAUCUUCCUGAAAGUUCUUGAAAAGCCAAAAAUUUUUCUUUGUUCAUCGCUUACAGACGAAAAACAAAAAAGAUUUCCGCGUAAAUUGCGCAAUCAGAAAAAGUGACAAGUUGAAAGAAUUACAAAAAAAAAGAAGGAAAACUCGAACAAAGGAACAAAUAAAGAAAUUGCUUGAGAAGUUAAUGACUUUGUUACAAUAAUGGGAGCGACAACAAGCCGCAGUUCCGUGAAUGUUCUGAUUGAGAAUGGAAAUGAAUCAGAAGACGAAUUCGUUGAAUGUACAGAAAAUUUCGAUGAUAUUGACAAACCCGUCACAAACGUUGAUGAUGAAAUCGUGAAAAAUUCGAAACCACUUGAAAGUUUGUCGAAAUCAGAUGAUGUCGUUAUACGAUUGCCACGGAAAAACUCUCACGAUAGUAAACAAAUCGAAUCAGAUGGCGAUGAUGAGAAUGAAUCACUUGAAGAACGCAAAGAAAGACAAAGAAAAGAAAUGGAAGAGUUUCGAGAAGAAAUGAACAAGAAGCGUGAAUUACGACAGCAAUGCAUAAAGAAACUGCGUGAAGAAAUGAUUGAACUGCGUGAAAAAUUGUCAUCAGAAAUGGUCGCAAAUGCAGAGUUACGAGAAGCUUUGGAAUCAUCACAUGGCGGCAGUUCAUCAAAAUCAUUCGAAGAUCUCGCAGAUGAGAAUAAGAAGCUCAAGGUGGAACUCGCUGAAUGUCAAAUGUUUCUUCAAACUUCGAAUUCAGAAAACAUCACAACGACAAUGGAAAAUAAAGCAUUAAGAGAUCAAGUGCGGUCACUUAAAGAAGCCAUGAGUGCCAUCAAAGAGAUGCUCAAAAUUCGCGAAUGUCAAGUCGAUCAAAUGAAAUCAAAGUUGACUGAAAUUGAAGCUUCAUUCUCGGAACGUGAAACCAAAAUGCUUUCAACAGCUUUGCAACAAGAAUAUCAUCGACAGUUGGAGAACAUCAGAAACAUGCGGGAGUUGUAUGAAGAACGUGCAAGCAUGCUUGUUCAAGAAAAAGACGCUUUCAAACUUAAACUCGAAGAGAAAGAACAUGAUUUGAAGACAGAAAUUGAGAAAUCAAAGAAUCUUGAAGAGUACAUCAGCACGUUAGAGAAUAAUCUAAAAUUAAAGAACAGUGACAUCGGUCACUUAGAGAGCGAAAUUGGCAUGUUGAAGUCAGAGAAGGCACAAGUUGCAUCGGAAAUGUCAGCAGUGAAUCAGCUCAUUGCACAAGCUUUAUUCGGAUUUAAUGGGAAUGGUAAUGAAAUCGAUAUCGAUAAGCUUGUAAAUAUGUUGGAACAAAAUCGCGAUUUAUUGAAUGAGAUGGCCAUAAAGGAAGAUUACGCUGGGAUCGAUGAAGGAUCAUUCUUACCAAAGCUUCUUUAUGAUCUCUUCAUUCAAGUCAACUCGAAUCAAUCGAGUGAUGAGACAACAAACGGCGAUGUUCAUUCAACUUCCACAACAUCGGCAACUUCACCAGAAGAAAUAGCGGAAAAAUUACCGAAAGUCUGGCGUGUGCUUAUAGAAUUGCUGAAUCAUCAUAAGAAACUCAACGAAGAUGAAGAACGCGUUCUGGAUGAUUGCUAUAAAUCAGUUCAAACAACAGCUGGAACGCAAAAUGUGUUGAGUGUCAGCAAAACAUUCAUUAAACUAAAAGACUUAAUUCUCGAGAAGAGAUCACUUCAAAAAGACACAAAUCGAUUGAAGACAUUGUACGGUCAUCUUGAACAGAGACUAGACAAACAGGAGAAGCGACUAAGUACAGUGAGCUUAGAGUUGACAAAGACGUGGCAUCUGGUUGGAAAAAUCAAGAGACAACACAGACAACUUCAUACACACGAACAAAUUCUUUGCUAUCAACUUCAACAAAAGAAACGCUUGUUAAGUGAACUUAAAGCGGAACUGGAAUAUUGUCGGAAGAAGUGGGCACUUGCACGUGCUUUGAAUAACGAUUCCGAGGAGCAAUGCAAGCAACUUCGUCAUGAAUUCUCGUUGAGAAAAGCUCAAGAUCAGAAUUCAGCUGAAAGUGGGUACAGUGACGAACAGCAAUCAGAUGCUGACGAUGAUGCUGGACCUUCGACUAUUAUCAUGUCGAAAGUGAAAAAGUUUGAUGAGAAUUUGAAUAAAUUUGACCGCACAGCUUCGCCAUCAUUCUUGGAAAGACGUCAAAGUGAGUCGCCAGUCAUUCAAGAUUUCACUGACUUGUACGUCUUUUCUCGCGCACAAAGUGAACCACCAACAGUGAUGAAUUUCGAUUAUAAAACAUCAGCAAUUGCAGAAGUUUGUGAAGUUCCUGAAUUCGUUGAAGAUCAUGCUAUGGAACGGUGCAAUGGAAAUUUGAGUGUAGAACCAAUUCAAAGGCAAAUUGCUGUUGUCACUCCACCGCCUGAAGUUCAUGUUUAUAAUAAAAACACAAGUAAACUCAAAGCACAUUCAAGGAAACAUAAGAAAGACAAGAAAAAGAAAAAUAAUUCUAAUUGCAACAAAACAGAAUCUGCUGAAGAAAUGUAUUUAAGAUUAAUGGGAAUGAAUAAGAGUGAUUGCUGUAGCACAUGUUCAUCAACAACAAGUUAUGAAGAGAUUGAGGAAAUUGAAGAAAUUGAAGAGAUUCCAUUGGAUGAACUGCCUACAUUCAGUUCUGCUACUGAAUCUUUAGAAAUCGAACAGACAGUUGCUUGUGUUGAUGAAAUUGAAAUUAAUGAAAGUGUCGAGAACAUUGAUCCUCAACCUUCGACAUCGGCUGAAGCUCAAGUGAUAAAUUCUGAUGAUUUAUCAAUUCUUACCACAAAAGAACAAGAUUAUCUUCAACGGAGAGAAGCGAGACUUGCUCGACUUGAAGCUGAAGCUCAAGAUUUUUAUAAUCGAAUGGCUCGCAACAAAGAGAAAGGUCAAAAGCUUGACGAUCAUAUUAAUGACAUUCACAAUACUUUCAAAGAACGAAACCGCGAAAGAACGAAAUCUGAAGAAGAAAAAGUUAGCGAUGAGUCUACGACGAGCGUUGAUGUAGACAAGAAAUCUGACGAAGAUUCUCAAAAGCCUGGAAAAGAACGUGACGAUGGGAAGUAAUCACAAUUCUCAUGCUUUUGUUGAUUACCAAAAAUUUAUUUCUUUCUUAUCAGUCGGAGCACAUCUUUCUGCUUACGGCAUUAACGUUACCAAGGAAAUAUUCGUGAACGUAAAUAUAUUUUUUAUCUCCAUUUUUUUGCAUUGUAAAUAAAUAAAAGAAAAAGAUGAAUUCAGCUCAGUAGAGAAAAAUAUGGUGUUAUAAAUUUAAUUUUUAUUUUUGACCAUUAAAUCAUUUAUUUGCAUUCAAGAUUCAAGAUGAUUACAAAUAUUAGCCGG